UCAAGUGUACAGUAGCUACUACGACUGCAUUUGCAAUUUAGUUGGAGUAGUUGGACAAGAUUUCAGCUCCGAAGACUCCUGAGCGGCGGAGACAGCAUAAAGAGGAACUGACCUAAAUAAAUAGUCAAUACUUCUCGUCGGGGAGAGCCAAAGAUCCGGACGCGGGGAGGAGAUGAGGACUUAGGACUGGAAAAGUGGAUCGAAAUUUCAAAACUGACUUGUAAGCGAUGCGCUGGCAGCAUGGCCAAAUGGUUCAAGGAACACCUAGGGUUCAAAACCACCAAAGCGCCACCACCGGCUCCACCAAAGCCGGACUACAGGAAUUGCCUCUCCGCUGUGUCAGGCAACCACCAGCCAAGCUCUGCGGCCACUUGUCACUACCCGAGUCCCGCACAGCCGGACAUUCUCGCAGCUUACAAACUACAGAAAGAAAUGGAUUUCGAGGACCCUUACACAGGAGGUGGAAACGUUUCGCUCUCAACAGGUUUGAGUUCUUUAGGGUCGCCGGAUAUGAAAUACGUGUCACCAAAGCACCGUCUUAUCAAGGUAGAAACGAUCGAGAAAAGCAAUUCUGUUCCAGGCAGUGGCAUAAUACCAGCUACAGCUGUUUCUGCUGUGAACGUGAAAUCUCCCACUUCCCCUCCCGCUGAGAAGGAAAACAAACAAGAAAAGCUGCUUAUCCUGGAGGACUAUGCUGACCCGUUUGACGCCAAACAGGCCGGCGGGACCCAGGCCACCACGGAGAAAGUCCCAGAAAACGACGGCUACAUGGAGCCCUACGAGGCCCAGAAGAUGAUGGCGGAGAUCCGCGGUGGGUGGGGGCAGAAGGACGGCCCGGGACGGGACCAGCUCCCGCUGUACGACACACCCUACGAGCCCUUGGAGAACAGCGGGGACCCGGACCCCGAGCGGGCCCGCUGCCCCCGGGAGAGCCGGCUGCCCCAGGACGACGAGAGGCCCCCAGAGGAGUACGACCAGCCCUGGGAGUGGAAGAAGGACCGGAUCUCCAAGGCCUUCGCAGUAGAGAUUAAAGUCAUCAAGGACCUGCCCUGGCCUCCUCCGGUCGGGCAGCUCAGCAACCACCCGCCAUUGGUUGAGGGCGUGGAGGCUCCGCCCCCACCGGCGCAGCCCUCCGCCAGACAGGCUGCCUGCGACCAGCAUCAUCACGUGCAGUUUGACGGCGUGGAGAAGCCCCAAAUGUCGCCCACCAAGGAGGGCAAGGUGCGCCUGUCCCAGAGGCACUCCAGCGGCUGUCUGGUGAACACAAAACUGGGCUCGCUGGACCACUGCGCCCCCGCCCUAGGAGAGCGAAUCAACCCCUCCAUGCCCCUCGAGAGCCAGUUCUGGUACCAUGGAGCCAUCAGCCGGAUAGACGCAGAGUCCCUGCUCAGGCUGUGCAAAGAGGCCAGCUACCUGGUCAGGAACAGCGAGACCAGCAAGAAUGACUUCUCCCUGUCCCUCAAGAGCAGCCAGGGCUUCAUGCACAUGAAACUGUCCCGGACCAAAGACAGCAAGUACGUCCUGGGCCAGAACAGCUGCCCGUUCGACAGCGUGCCCGAGAUCAUCCACUUCUACUCCAGCCGCAAAUUGCCCAUCAAAGGGGCGGAGCACAUGUCCCUGCUGUACCCCGUGGCCAUCAGGACACUGUAGCGCGACCGCGUGACAUGCAGAGGGGUCACAGAGGGGUCACCCCGGGACACGAACGACUUCCCCUCUGGCCUUCGCUCUACUUCCCCCUCGCCAGAGUCCUGGUCAGAGGGAGCGACGAGGAGCAUAAAGGUCAAAGGUCAGAGGGAAAUGGUGGUUACACGGCUGCCCUCGCGGACCCUGCACUCUGACCUCAGAACUGAACUCUCUCCAUCUCCCACCGCAUUCCUCGGACCUCUCCGCUGGAAUGUAUCCGAGCGGCCAAACGGCUCAGCCAGAGCCAGCGCACCACACCUCCUCUUCUUUAAGUCAGCUCUCUCGCCAUUUUGAAGCCAGGAAGUAGAAAUGCAUCCAUUUUAAAAAAUGCGUUGUUUUGUCUCAAAGUGGAAGAUACUACUGUUUUUUUUUCUUUUUUUUUUCUUUUUGUACAAUCAAAUGUGAUGCUUGUACUUUGUAUUACAGUACUUGUGUGUUUCACUGCUACCAUUUUGUUGCUUACAGUGAAGACUUUGAACUCGUUUUAGGGAAAGGAACCUUCUGGAAACCUAUAUCUGACUAUAAUGGGGUGGGGCAAGACUGGCCGAUGCAUGUUUCAAGCCUACCCCCUUUUAAACAUUUUGUUUUCCCCGAGACAUAUUUUGUUAAUGUAAUUGCUCUUAUUUGGGUUUGGUUGUGCACACAAGACAAUAAAUUAUUCGUAAAGUAAGUAAAAAAAUAAUAAACAAUAUGAUGAAA